AUGAAGAAAAUCUACAAUGUCUACUUUCUCUGUGGCUUUGCCACUCUUGGUGGUGGUUUGUUCGGUUUUGAUAUCUCGUCUAUGAGUGGCGUUCUGGGUACUGCAGCGUAUACCAACUAUUUCCAAGUGGGUAGCGGUCAAUAUAAGCAGGGCAGUAUCACCUGUGCGAUGCCUUUCGGCUCUCUCGUCGGUGCACUGUGCUCUAGCUUUAUUGCCGAUCGCUAUUCGCGUGUCAGGGCGAUCCAGUUCUCUUCCAUUCUGUGGAUCAUUGGCUCAAUCUUUAUGUGUGCAUCGAACGGGAUCCCUCUUUUAGUCGUCGGUCGUGUCAUCGCAGGUGGUUGCGUCGGUAUCGCAUCUGCGAUGGUCCCCGUCUAUCAGGCCGAGAUAGCACCAAAAGAAAUUCGAGGACGAGUUAUAUCACUGCAACAAUGGGCUAUCACAUGGGGUAUCUUGAUUCAAUAUUUUAUUCAAUAUGGCGCGAGCAACAUCGACGGCGGCCCAAACAACCCCACGCAGAGUACUGCUGCUUUCCGCAUUCCUUGGGGUAUUCAAAUUGUACCCGGCGUCAUUCUCUUCUUUGGCAUGUUCCUCUUCCCCAAGUCUCCCCGUUGGCUCGCCAGCAAGGACCGUUGGGAGGAAGCUCUGCAGGUGCUAUCGAAGCUACACGGUCAAGGAGACGUCAACCACCCCAAGGUCCUCGCCGAAUAUAAGGAAAUCCAGGAAGCUCUGGCGUUAGAGCGGGAGCAAUCAGCUACUGGUUUCCAGGAGCUCAUCAAGCCUCGCAUUUUCAAGCGUGUCAUCUUGGGUAUGAGCUUGCAGAUGUGGUCGCAGCUGUGUGGAAUGAACGUGAUGAUGUACUACAUUGUCUAUAUCAUGCAGAGCACAGGCGCUGGAUCGCCACUUCUAACCGCAUCAAUUCAAUACAUUCUUAACACGGCUCUGACCCUACCUGCCAUUAUCUACCUGGAUAAAUUUGGCCGACGCCCAGCAAUCUUAAUUGGAUUCUUCCUCCAGGCUAUUUUCCUUUACCUGGAGGGUGGACUGCAAGGAGGAUUUGGGGCGCCCAACCCUCAUACCGAUCCCAAGCUCGAUGCUAUUUCGUGGACGGUGGCCGACCACCCCGCCGUGGGGAAGGCGAUUAUCGCAUUGUCGUAUCUGUUCGUGUGCUCCUUCGCGACGACCAUCGGCCCGACUUCAUGGACCUAUCCCGCUGAGAUCUAUCCUGCGAAAGUCCGCGCUAAAGCAGUCUCGCUCGCUACGGCCUCGAACUGGAUUUGGAACUGUCUCCUGGCCCUCUUCGUUCCACCGUUGCUCUGGUCGAUCAAUUGGAAGAUGUACAUGAUUUUCGCUGCCUUCAACACCGCAGCCUUCAUCCACAUGUUCCUAACGGCUCCCGAAACAAAAGGUUACACGCUGGAGGAGAUGGACGAUGUCUUUGACAGUGGACUUCCAGCAUGGCGCAAGCUCGAGAGGAAGAGUCGUAUGGAAGAGCUGGAGAAAGAGAUCAUCGAAGGAAAUCUCAAGAUUACUCCUGCACACGAGGCUACUGGCGUCUCUGCUACGCAUGUGACCCCGGAGAAGCAAGUGUAA